UCUUCAACUGUCUCGACCUCCGCAUCACCAGAAGCUCACGGCGCGCACCAGUACCAUUCCGUAGCCGAAGAAGUCGACAUCGCUGACCAUCUUCAUCGUGGUAUGGCCCACGAUCUUCCAAGUCGACCCGGUGGCCGACCGGUAGACAUCGCGUACGCGAGUUAUCGUAUUCACUUUUAAUAAUACAGUUUUUCCGGUUUCCAAUUUGAUUUUCCUUUGUCGCGGGGUGAAAUUAAUAAAUAAAUAAAUAAAUAAAUAGUGAGUGGCUGCCGGUGCGCGAAAAAGGUAUGGACAAAGCGUAUGAUUCGAAGAAAUGCCCUUCGUGCAAAGGGUGGUCGAGCCCAAGUACGUGAGCCGAACGAGCCUCUUCGACGAGGAUGGAAAACCGAAGAUUUCGGACGGAGAAUUGGAUGCCGUCACCAACAGCACUCUCAGCAACGCGCUCAGGCAGCUUGCGUCACUCGUCCUGGCCGCGAACGACAUCUUCACCGAGUUAACCAAGGACCUGCAGAAGAUCACCGAGAGAUCCCACAGUCUCAAGACCAAAAUCGAAAAAUUAGACCAGAAAGUUGCCACGUACGAUCCCAAGAAAGUUUCUGUUCCUGAAAGUGACAUCUCAACGUUCGCCCUACUGAAGAAUCAUUAUGCUAGACGUCAGCAAGUGGAUUCGAACCUGUUCAGCGUCACCACGCGUCCAAAUGCGGUCCAGGCGUUAUACGACGCGGCGGCCAAGACGCCGGUGCACGUCAUCCGUCAGAUGGACCGCUGGCGUCGGAACGGCACCCGUUCUUCCCGUUUCUUCGUCUGCACUCCCGUUCUGGGACAAAGGCGGAAAAAGAUCAAAGGGAAAAUCGACAUCGAAAUCGAAACCAGGAUGCCCGCUGCUGUCGAAGAGCUGCGACGAUGGACAUCCACGGAGGCGUUGGGUGACAUUACAGUCACUCCGGACUGUCCCAAUCGCAUUCCGCAAAGCGUUACGUAUCUCAGUGACGGAAAUGUCACAGACGGCACCUUGGUUUCUGACGACGACGGAAUCGACCACAAACUACCUUCACCCGAAGAACAGGUGCAAGCCAUUGCUCUCAAAUUUCCCGCCGAGAUGGUGGCAGUAGACAUUUCCGGUCGCAGAUUCUCACGCUUGUCCUCGCAGCGACGCUCUGUCCUUUACCGGUCGAGCGGCGCUUGUACCACCACCGAUGCAGGCGUCGUCGACGGAGCGUCGUCCUCGACGGCGACGCGCAGGCAGACGAGGUCACGAAGGUCACGUACGCGACGAAGAACAACACUCGCAGGAACCGACGAGAAAGAGAUCAAAAAUGCUCUUGAAGCAGGGGAAGGUCAAUCGACGAGUACGGCGGCUGCUCCGGAAGAAAUCGUUUCGUACGACAUACCUCCUCCGUUCCUCAGGAGCAAAAGCAGCGACAUCCUUCGAUCUUCCGUCAGAAGGUCGAUGGUGACCGAUAGCAAAAAGUCGCACUUCCAAACCCUCAAAGAAUGGGGCAGGAACAAGUUCAAAUUGUCGUCAUCGAGCAAAUCGCCGACUGAAAGUCGAAAGAACGAGUCGAACAAAGAAAACGAAAACGUCGAUUCAAACGUGUAUGAGACCAUAACGGUACGUAAAAGGCGCAGUUUGAAUAGAGAAAAGCGUCCAUCACACGAACGAAAUCCGUCGUACUCUUCUUCGGAAAAAUCGAGUGUCAGUAUUCCUAUAGCGAAACCCCUUUCGUCAGCCGUUGCCUUAGCCGUAAGACUUCGUGAUACUUCUUCUUCGCAAAGACGUUUCCGGAAGUCCUGUGAUAACAAAGACGAGCCGCGUUCGUCCAGCGGAAACUGGAGUGCGAGCUCGGAAAGCGGAAGGGCAUCAAUCGCUUCCGAAAUAACCACCCAUCCGAAAUCCACGACCUCCGCAGCCACAUCAAACAACUCCCUCAACCUCAAUCAUCCGCCCAACUCCUCCAACAGCACCAGGAAGUUUGCCAGCGUGUCAGCGUCGGACAGCGUGACCAGCGAGGGCACGCUAACUCCCGACAUCCACGACAUUCACGAAGACAUGGACAGUAGCUCCGUAUAUUCUUGCGAUACGGAAGGUUACUACACGUCUUUCCACAUGGACAGCGGUCUGAAGACGUUGAAGGAAGAAGAAACUCCAGUCAUGCCGUUCCACACGACUAGUGCCUUUUCUACUCCCGGAUCCCCAAGCGACGCUCUGUCUGCAGAGAGCGAGUACGAACUGUUCGGGAAGGGGUCCACAUCAACGACAGCCAGUUCCGCUGGCACCGUAUGUACAACACUGAAGGCUGGAGACAGCGACAAGUCCCUGUUCGUGGGUCCUUCCGUUCCAGAAAGGAAGAGCUCGUUGAGCAAAGGCAAGGAUAACGUCGCAGAAUCGAAGGAGAAAAACAACACAAUAAAGAGGAGUCCGGCUUCGAGCAAAGCGUCCGUUAUCGCAGUCAUUCACAAGCAAACCAACGGCGACAUAUCUCCUGAUAGCGGUCAUAACACCUCGAGCUCUCCUACUCAGUCUGCCAACAGUCCCAAUGGAGGUAGAAGUGGAUCGGAAUUUGAAUAUUCUGAAUGUUCAGACAUGGAAGGAGCCGACAGAAUCGAAAGGAUAAGAAGCAAAACUGCCAUCAACUCGAGCAGAAUACCGUCCAUGUGCGUUAUCACUCCUCCCCAUAGCGACGACGAGAGCGUCAAAAGCUUCUGGGAGAAGGGCCCUCCGGAGUAUAUAGACAAUAUGCCGUAUAUAAGUCUAAACGAUUUGAACGCUAAAAAUAUCAGCAGCACAACAAACAACUUUUCUCCUAAUCCCUCCGUUACUACUGGUUACGUUACUUUGGAAUCGCUGGAAGGAAUGAGAAAACCGAACGAAAUUCCUGUUUCUUCCCUAAACACUUUUAGGGCUCCAUCUCCAAGCGGCGGUUCGGUAACAAUAAAGAAAGACGAAGAGCCAAAAUCGAGUCCCGUGGAUCCCCAAGCCGCCCAAAACCAGCCACCUUUCAUAAAGGCGAGUCUCCUGCCGCUGAACGUAUUCGGAAAACUCAAACUCAACAUCCCCAACUUUUCUUCCAAAGUCGACAAGAAUGAGAACAAAGUGGACAACAAUUCCAACGAAUACGACGAAUACGUGACCAUCGCGGACAUCAGGAACAAUAAUGGGAAAAUAUCCAAAAGACCGCCGGUCCCAUCGUCAGACGCGUACAGCGAUACCAUAAGUAAGAAACUGAACGACGUUUUGACCAAUCGAAUUCGAGAAACGGAAUACGUGUCCUUGGACGAGCUUCCGUCCAAUCCAUCGCCAGAAAAAACCCACGAUUCCAACACGAGCCCGCUAGAAAAAAGGCACCAAGGCGCCAGGGUGACCCUAGACGCCGACGGCAAAGUGGUGUACAAUUCCGACAGUUUGAAACGUAAGAAAAGCGCGCACACGACGUUUCAACCUGGACCCUUCGUCAAAAGUCCUUCCGAAACCCCCGAACAAAGUCCUUUGAUCAACAGAAGAACCACCCCAAUAAGACCUGUACAACAACAAGGAAAUACAAGACCAAUGCCUCCCUCUCAAUACAUAAUUCACGCCCAAAGCGGAAUGGCAUCUCCUACUAUCACCAAGGAGGCCUUAAGGACACCCCUGUCGACGGUUAUCGCGCCUCCUUCCGCACGAUCCAUGUCACCAGGGAAAUCCACCACCAACAACAGGGGAGCAUACGUUCACAUGCAGAAAAAACCUUCGGAAAGUCUUACUACAAAAGGGCAAGUUCUUUCCACGAAUAUUCCAACGACGUCUGCACCACAACAAGACGUGAGGACGACGACUUUGCCACCGAGGAAGUCCAUGAACCUGUACAAUGCUUGGUCUGCCCAUACGGAUUCCCUUGCCACCCUAAACUACUGCGAUUAUUCUAAAUUUCAAACGUUCCCACAUCGAAAACCGGACCACUACAGAACCGUUCCCAAAAUGCCUGAUAUCUCCGUCUCCUCGAAAAAUCCGAAUCCUUACGAAGGACUGUUCGAAACGGCUGCUCCAAACGGAAGAGUCAUCUGCCAAGACCAGAACGAAUCACUGAAAAUAUCCCCAAUUGAACCUUGCAAACCCCAGCACAUGUUCCAAUCUUCCACUCCGAAACCUCCGGAAUCACUCAAGCACGCCAUAAACCUGGAAUCGAAAUUGUUAUCCCCAAAAAAAUCGACAAUGUCAAACGAAGAAUUGUACGCCGUCAUUCAUAAGAGCAGAAAAAAGCUGAACAUUCUCACCGAUAAAGAGCCCGCUGGUGCUGAAGAACCCGUAGUUCCUAAAGAGGUUCCCGCAAAACAACUCGUAAAGUCUCCGGAAACGGGAUAUUUGAAAGACAGAUCGCGGGAAAGGGCGAGCUGGUCUCCCAGCGAAGACCAAUUGGAUUCGUAUCCAGGUUUAAGUUCGUCGCCUAGAAGUCGUCAAAGUUGGGCGCAUUCGGACAAAAAGGGCCAAAUAAAGCAGACGUCCCAAAUGGACUUCAAAAGAUUACUUUUACAACAAAGUGCCAAAUCUAACAUUACGUCAAAUAACUCGAGGAAGUUAUCGGCUGUUGAACAACUAAAACUGUCGAAACAGCAAGGUCCCAUUCAAACAAACUCGUCUAUGAAUAUAUUAGAUUUGAGUAGUUCUCCGCGUAGUUUACAACGUAAAUUGAUUAGCACUCCUCCAAAGUCUGGAGUAUUGGAUAAGCCAAGAUCUCCUGCCAAAUUGAUGUCCCCCAGGUCCCAGUGGAGAUUCGCUAGCCCUCGUACAGAUGUUCUCUCUUCGACAAUACUUGAAGAUUGUAGAGAAGACGAGAGCUCGGGGAGUUCUUUGGAGAAGAAAUCGCGUAAAAACGAAACAGAGGAAAAUUCUUCUAGAACCGACAAUAACAAUAUUUCGCCAAAACUGUCAGUGUCUCAGUAUAUAAGGGCAAAAAGGGCGCAAUUUUUCAGUUCGACUCCAAAAAGUGACGCAGAGAAUGUGUCUCGAUUUGAAAAGAAUGCGAGUAACAACAGCAACAGCCCUAAAGAUUUACCCGCUUUGGAAACUUCUUUCUAGCACUAAACUAAAAUCGUGGAAAUUGUAUGAGGAAGUUUUCUUCCACUUGUAUUAUCAUUAUUUUUAUUAUUCUACACGUACACUAACUAGUUAAUUCGUACCUAUUAUUUUCUUUGAGUCUAGUCUUCGAGCCAUCGUAUUUUGUUUAUUUCUCCAAGGGACCAUUUUGUUUUUAUGAUUGAUCGCAUCGUGUUAUGAGGAGUUGAUUUUAAGUUUUUAUUAAUUUAUUCAGAGUGUUGUAUGUAAAUAAACAAAUAAGAUACGAGAAUGCCUUAAUAUUAAAU